CGUCGCGGCAGCGCGGAGGCAGAGCGCGCGCGCAUUCGGGAGGGAGUCUGGUCGCGUGAGCCAUUGGGGUUCCCGCAUAACGGGAACAGACAACAAAACACGCAGGCGGACGGACCGGGAAAUAGGCAAGUGAUCUUCAACAAACAACAAAAAAAACAACAAAAACAAGAAAACAAGAAAACAAGAGAGACAGGAAAACAGAAAUCCAGCGGCGAAACAUUUUUUGUAAACGUUUCCAAGUUAUUUAUUUAUUUAUUUAUUUAUUCGCUUUAUUUAUUUUUUUGUAUCGAUUGAUUGCGUUUUAAUUAGCGGAGUGUGACAGAGCGGCGGUGGGAGGGGCGAAGCGCCGGCGAGCACGUUAUGUUGCCUUAUUAUUGACGUUUAUAGGUUUUAUUAAUAGAUUAGACUAAAAAUAACCACUUAAUGUGGCGAAUUUCGGAUAGAUCGGGCUGUGCGACUUUGAAUGUGGAUGUGCGAACGAUUGUGUAGCAUGUAGCUUGUGGAGAAGAGCAGAUCCAUAGCUAAAGACCAAAUAAAUGAACCAAAAGAACCAAAUGCACCAAAAUAUCCGAAUAAAACACAACAAGCACUGUUUUAUUUAUUUUUUUUGCAAGGGUCAGGACGUGAGCGCUUUUCUCUUCAUGCAAGAAUCUCUAAAUGCUGAGAUCUCCGGUUUUAUAGGCUAGCCAAAGUAAAGGCACGAUUAGGGAGGGAAAGAAGCGAACCGGAGAUUAUUAUUAUUAUUCACUGUCGAAUCUCAGCGAAUGAAUAAAAACACUCUGCUUUUUUAUACAGUAAGAUUUUGCAAAAAAAAAAAAAUCUAUAAUAUUUAGCCUAUAAUAAAGCGCGGUUUGGGUUCAGCAGGUGUAGCACUGGAGCAGUGAGUGUUAGAGCAGAUCAGUGGGAGUGUAUGUAUAGCCUGUAGUCUGUCCGCCUGUGUGUGGGUUUGUGUCUGAGCAGCUUCUGCUCUCAUCUCUAGGCUUAUUAUCCAGUUCACACGUGAAUGUACACAGAAUAAUAAUAAAAAAAGAAAAAAAUCUAUGAAAACGUGAGAAUCGGUCAGCAUUCCAGUGAGUUACUAUCACCGAGAAUAAACUUGGUGUACAAUGCCAAAGAGAUCCCAAACACAACCAAAGCCGAACACGACCGAGCACGAGGUGAAGACCUACACAUCCGACCUCAGCGACGAGGAAGAGACCGGCGACUAAAACAGACUGUGCUGUAGCCUAAUAACGCCAAAGCCGAACCACAAUAAUAAAAAAAUACCAGCGACUAGGAGAAGAGAAAAAAAACACACACACACACAUAUAUAUAUAACGAGUCCAGAAGAAAAGCCUGACGACGAAGGAGGAUCAUGUUUGUCCCCCUGCCGCUGCCGUUCGUCUUGCCCAGAACUGCCUCCGAGCUCCGUGCCUGGCGCCUCAAGUCUCCGCCGGCUGCGCGCGCGCUCUCCGAUAUCAGAAUGUCAAAGCCAAUAGAGGUUGAAAAUCCAGCGGCUGACUCUCCGAUGGAGAACACGGCAGAUUCAGAGAGGAAUGGUUCAGACUCCAGUAAUCAGAUUCCACCAAUGAAAAUCAGCCCCUUCUCACUCUCUCCAACACUAUGCGCCAGCAACAAGGCCAAGGUGGAGGAGUGUGGAGAGAUGUCUCCAGCUUCAGUCCAGGCCACGCCCACUCAAACACCCCUCCCACACACACAGCUGAUGCUGACAGGAAGCCAGCUGGCAGGAGACAUCCAGCAAUUGUUGCAGCUGCAGCAGUUGGUCCUUGUCCCAGGGCAUCCUUUGCCCUCCCCUGCACAGUUCCUUUUGCCACAGGCACAGCAAGGGCAGCAAGGGCUGCUACAGACACCAAAUUUGAUUUCACUACCUCAGCAAAACCAGGGGGGUCUUCUCAGUGCGCCUCCUGCACUCGGCCUACAAGCACAGAGAGACAAAGUUAUGGAGAGCAGUGUCAAUACGGUCACCCCUGUGACUUCUCAUGCCGAGGAACCAAGCGACCUGGAAGAGCUCGAACAGUUUGCCCGUACCUUUAAACAGAGGAGAAUUAAACUUGGGUUCACACAGGGUGAUGUGGGACUGGCCAUGGGCAAGCUGUAUGGAAAUGACUUCAGUCAGACCACCAUCUCCCGCUUUGAGGCCCUCAAUCUCAGCUUUAAGAACAUGUGCAAGCUCAAACCUCUGCUGGAGAAAUGGCUCAAUGAUGCCGAGACCAUGUCGAUGGACAGUACCUUACCAAGUCCCAGCUCUCUGUCCUCACCAUCUUUGGGCUUUGAGGGGCUGCCUGCCCGCCGCCGCAAGAAACGCACCAGCAUCGAGACCAAUGUGCGCGUGGCGUUGGAGCGCAGCUUCAGUACGAACCAGAAGCCUACCUCAGAGGAGAUUCUACUCAUCGCUGAGCAGCUCAACAUGGAGAAGGAGGUGAUCCGCGUCUGGUUCUGCAACCGUCGACAGAAAGAGAAACGUAUUAACCCCUCCAGCGCCACCCCUCCCCUGCCCAGCCAACCCCAGCCUGCCACACACAAACCCCCCUGCUACAGCCCGCACAUGAUGCAAGGUCAGGGACCGUCCCAGCCGGUUACCAGUCUCAGCACAGCAGCAACCACCAUGUCCUCAGUUUGUCCCUUGACCCCCACUGGUCCCUCCUCGAGCUCCACUCCUUCACCAGUGACUCCGUCUCCUCGCAGUGACGCAAGCCCUGUACCUGCCACUCACGCAUUAAAUCUGAACACAGGUUCGUGGCGUAACAAGAACGGUGACGUGUCUAACUACAUCACCGAUUUUGCUGCAAAUCUGAGGAAUACGGUGAUUGGAGUUAACACUGGAAUGAACCAAGCUCUGCGUGGCAGCAACCCAAUCGCCACAAUUCAAGGUUUGUUCGAAACUCUGGCGGCCAGUGGUGGUCAAACCACCAUUUCCAGUCUUGAAGGUGGCAGCAAGGUGCUGAUCGGUGGUUCUGGAGGACAACGGUCAGGACUCCCUUCUUCCCUCUUCCUCAACCACCCUUCACUGUUGCCCAUGGCAGCGGGCACAGCUCUGGGAUUGGGCAACUCGAUCGUUUCCAAAUCCGGCAGGCCUCUAUUCCCGGACGGCAUGAGUCCCUCCCCUUGCUCCAGCCCUGAUUCUUCCUGCUCUUCCAGCGACCUGCUACACAGCCCGCAUGAUCUGGGGAGCGGUCAAGAUUGAGCGACACUUCCAGGAAAAAAACCAAUCACAGGACCAGGAGGAGGAACCGAAACCUCCCGUCACAACCAAAGCAUCUCCGUCUCUCUUUCUUCCUUCGUCUUUGGCCGUUCACGCUUUCUCUCUUGCUCUCUCUCGCUCUCCUGAUGCCAAAAAUACACAAAGUGGAAGAGGGGAGAGAUGAAGAGACAGAGGUGAAGACGAGACGAGGCGAAGAGGAGAGAUUUACAUGUAAACCAAAAAGAUUCACCUGGAGGUCUAGUGGUGUGUGGUCGACUGAGCGCAGCCACUUCUCCACUGUUGUUUUUUUUUUCUCUCUCUAUCUCUCUCUUUUUCUGUUUCUCCGGAGAGUGUAAAGACAUAAAAGAAAAGACAAUAGAUACUGGUUUAAGAACUGCAGGAACCAGAGGAAAGAGCUGAUUAUUAAUGAUCCUUGAGCCAAAAAUAGCAAAACUAAAAACUUUUAUUUGUUGCAGAACGGCAGUCGGAUUUCAGCUCUGACCAGUCUGGAGAACUUUAAACCAAAAAAAAAAAAAAAAAAAAAUAUGAUAGAGGUGAACUUUAAUAGACUCACAGUGACAAAAAAGAGACAACCAUACCAAAAACCCAUAUACCAAAAAAUAACCAAAACCAAAAAUACGGAAGGAAAAGCUUUAUCCCGUGGACCUGUAAAUAGUCCAGCGUCCAGCACCAGACCCACACCAACGAUCCAGCAACCUCCCGCUCCAUCACUUCAUCCGACAUUCUGUCAUUUUGUCUGUCUACAUGUCAGUAUUUUUUCCCUAAGUCGUCAUUGUUUUUUUUUUUUAUUAGUGAAGAGGUGAAUUUCUAAGUAUUAGCUGUGUAUUGCUGUGCAACAGUGACUCAGAAGUGUCAAUGUUUUUGACUAGAAGUCUAGAUGUACAAAUCUCUCCCGCUUUCUACCUCUUUAUCAGGUUUCCUUCUCUCUAGCUUUAGUUCCCAUUCCAGAAGAAAAACAUCCAUACUUGAGUAGGUUUGUGUUUUGUUCUUUAACCCUCAUCACUGUCAUGUCGUAAUUUUCAGCUUCAUGUCUAUCAGCACCAAACAGGUGUGUUUGCGAAUGUCAUCAAAAAUCAUAUGUAUUUAAUACAAGGUCAGCUGGUGUUCCUGCAUGUUUGACGUCUGUGUCUCACGUUCAUGUUCAUUCUGUCUUAUUUCCAUUAAAAAAAAAAAAAAAACAACAACCACACUUUGAAUCCAUUAUCCACAUUUUUCAUCUCCUUCAUACUUGCUCCUUGUUGGAUACCAAAGUGACUCAUCACGGGUCUCUCACUGCGAUGCAGACGGAGAGCGGAAACCCCCUUCCCUCAGACGUGCUCCCACCUCUCACACACACACACACACACACACACACAUAUACACACAUCAGUGAGUGGACAUCGCUGGGGGAACUUUUGAGGAACGGGCGUUUCCAUUAUCCCUGGCACUUCAUGUAUGAAGUGAAUAAAAAAAAAAAAAAACUUUGCAGCCAACCAUAAUUC